GUGGAACUUGCUAUCAAGUUGGGCUUAAGUCAUGCGGGUGACUUGAUUCAGGGCUUGUUUUCAAUGGCUUGGGCCUGACUCCUGACUGGGACCCCCCUUCCCCCCCAUCCCUCCUUUCAUUUCUUGUUUUUAAUAGGGACUCAGGCUUGGGACUUGGGACCAAAGGCUCAGACUUGGCCGUGAGAUCUGGACCCAAAGACUUGCCGACACCUCAGGCCGUGAGGGAAAGCUGUCCUGCUCUCCUCCUCAGCCGCGUUUUUGGAAGAAACUAAAGGGCGAUGCGGAAGGUGGGGGGGAUAUGAGAGGAGAAAUGAUGAUCCUGGACAAGUUCUUGGAAGAUAUCGAUAGUGGCACUUGUCCUUCUUCCUUAUUUGCAUCAGAGGACUGCACAAUCUAAAAUUAUGGGCUUUUACGAAAUGUAGGUUAAAAAUGAAAAGUUUGGAAAUUAUUGUCUUUUGUGGUCCUAAAAAGGACGGCUCGGUCAUUUUGCUUAUCGGCAAGUUCGCCGUGUAACACUUCUGGAAGCGAAGGACUGGCCGGCUGUCCCAAGGGAUGCCCAGGGGUAUCUCUCCAAUGUCAGUUUUGUCAGGACACGAGCGCAACGUGUACAACUGAAUCCACUCAGGAGUGUCAGUCCAGUCAGGACGUCUGUGUUUCGGCUGUCUCAGAAGUCACCAUGAAUGGCUUGAGGGUCUCCUUGUCUUUCAAAUCGUGCCUUGACCAUCGGUUCUGCCAGGCAGGCUUUUAUACUGCCAGUGUGGAAGAAGAUGUUCCCAUUCAGACCCAGAUCACCUGCUGCCAGGAGGACCAGUGUAACCGCGGGGCUCUUCAGUUACCUGAUCCGAAAAAGCUGGUUGCCAAUGGGUUUCAAUGCCCCGGCUGUUUUUCCAUCCUUUCAGAUCGCUGUGGCAGUAAAGGAAUGGACAGCUGCACACAGAAAGAAGACCACUGUUUCAACCUGGCUGGUUCCAUCAAAAGAAGCAUUUUGAAUGGGAGGAGUGCUUUCCAAGGUUGCACGACAGCCAAGGCAUGCAGCUUCAAAAAGGAAGCAGUAAAGGCAGCAAAUCAAGUUUUUGGAGCCCAGAUUUCCCAGACUGCAAACCGGCAGAAAAAGUUUCUCCCCCCGCCCCGAGAAUCGUAGAAUGAAGAAAAUGAAGACAUCCUGAAUGUAGAACAUUGUCUAGUGCUGAAGACCAGAGAGAUUUCAAUAAGAGGACUGGUUGCUCUUGGUGGCUGCGCUGAGCCGCUGUGACUGGCAUUGCCAACUUUUUUAGCAGCCUCUGCUCCUGGAAUGACAUUUGUCUGCUGUGUGAAUGCUCUUGAAAGAAACAGGCUGUGGGACGAUAGCAUUUGCACAUUGCAAGCUGGGUUUGGAUGCAAAGUUGAUGCACACACCCUCUAACUCAACGCGGGGUGCAAGGGAAUGGACAAUUGUGGACAAUUUCAAUAGGAUAUCACUGCCCUCUAUCGGGGAGGGAGACCCAUUGCAGGGAGAACCAAGUCCUGUGCACAGAGGAUACUUGGUGGUCAAAUGUCCUGCAGCCAAUAGCUUUGCAGGGUUGUACAAUGGAGGUGGUGGUUUUUUUUUUUUCCUAUGACAAAAGGAAGGGGCAAAGGAACCUCUGUUUGCCAGAUAAAACUCGUAAUGUUUGGAAAAUAUCAUCUCUUGAUUAGUUAAACAAUUCGCAAUGAAAUUUCAUUGUUCUACCAGCAAGCUCAGGGAGAAUCGCACGGCUUCCUCCAUUAUCCUCACAACAUCUCUUUGAGGUAGACGAGGCAAAGAGAAUAUGACUGGCCUGGAGAUCUGAGCCAAGAUCUCCCAACUCAAUACUCCUUUUCUGACAACAACACACUGCUAGAUAGCUCAGUGGUUCAGUUCUCUGAUUGUGGAGCCAGAGGUUGGGAGUUCGAUUCCCCCACUGUUCCUCCCUGUUCAGGGCCGGGCUUGAUGAUCCCUAGGGUCCCACCAGCUCUACAAUUCUAAGAUGAUGAUGAUGCAUUUACUUAUGCAUCACCUCCAGAGUCGAUCCUGCAGCCACACAGAGAGCACAUGGUUAUAGUACUGGAAAAACUGCUCACCCUUUUCAGCUCCAUGAUUUGUUCAAUUGUGAGACUAUAUCUCGGAACCCAAGGGAAAAUUUACAAAGGACAGGACGAGCGUGUUGCGCACGUCAUAUGGAUGUCGUUGAGUCCUAAGAAUUCCGGUGAGGAAUCCUCUACUUUCUGAGACCAGUAUUCUGUUGCUAGACACUAUUUGAGUCAACCCAUUGACUGAGUGGGAUUUACAUAAAGUGUUGGCUUAUCAUUGAGACUGAGGUUAGAAACAGAAUUUGGGUCAAAGCAUUUUUGUUAAAAAUGGUCAAAACUGGGAUCCAGAGGCACCCCAGACCUUACCAUACUGUUAACAACAAGGCUGUGAAUCCAUUGAAUAAAAUCAUCCAAAUACACAUGUUUCAGUUCUGGGAAAUUUGUGUGGUUGUUUCCUC